AUGGUGGACACCAAGUUUCGGCUCACCGAGAGCCCUGGCCAGGUCCAAAACUCCCGCGAGUUCAACAAUGCACUGAUGACAGAGAAAGUGCGGGCUCAUUUCCUAAAGGAGGCCCUAGGAAAGGCUUCUGGAGAGAUCCAGGAUUUGGUUAAUAAGAACAGGAAGCUUUCUACCAAACUCGAGGCCAAGGAGAAUGAGAACAAGAAGCUUUCUGCCGAACUCAAGGCUCUCAAGAAGGAGCGAAAGCAUGAUUUUGGAGCCACUAGCGACCUCGACCUCCGUAUGAUGAUGCGCCUCGACGAACUGCGAUAUGAAGAGGAAGCGCUCAUGAAUGCCUUCGUUGCUUCCAACGAGAAAUUCGAGGACAACAUUGCCAACCACAAGAGAAAGAUUUCUGCGCAAGAGAAGAACAUCGACAUCAACAAGGAAAUUACCGUCUCCCUGACAGAUGAUCUCUAUGAAAAGUCGGCCGAUGUCGCAGCCGCAGUCAAGAAACUGGAAGAGGACGUGGCCGUCUUGAACGAGUGGAUGAAGGGAGUCAAGCUGGCUGAGAACAAUCCUCAACCCGUUUGGAUGAAGAGAGAUGGACCGGCUGAGGACAAUCAUCAAGCCAUGUGGAUGAAUGGACUCGGGCUGGCUGAUGGCAAUCAUCAAGCCAAAUCGGCUCCCGACAUCUCGGCGGCACGAUUGAAGCAGUUGAAGCAAUUGGUGCGAUCGGUGCGAUCGAUGUGA